ACUCAACACCGGCCCUCUCAGGAAGGAUCCUACCAAACCUACCAACUCCUCCUCCUCGACCGAUCGCCCGCGCAAAGGGGAAACCUAAAAAAAAAAACUAACUCGCCAUUCGCCAACUAGCUAGCUUAACUUUCUCUCCGCUUCGGGCGCCACCGCGAUCGUGCGAGGUUUCGUGAAGACACCAGAGAGUAGUAGCGGGGGUGUUGAGGAACUGAUCUGAUCGUCGAUCGUGAAGACGAUGACCGUGGUCGACGCCGUGUCGUCCGCGGGCGCCGGCGACGCCGUCGCGCCCGCCGCCGACGCCGCGGGGCAGCCGCCGGCUGCGGGGAACGGGCAGACGGUGUGCGUCACCGGCGCGGCCGGGUACAUCGCGUCGUGGCUCGUCAAGCUGCUGCUCGAGAAGGGGUACACUGUCAAGGGCACCGUCAGGAACCCAGAUGACCCGAAGAACGCGCACCUCAAGGCGCUGGACGGCGCCGCCGAGCGGCUCUUCCUCUGCAAGGCCGACCUCCUGGACUUCGACGCCAUCUGCCGCGCCGUGGAGGGCUGCCAGGGCGUCUUCCACACCGCCUCCCCCGUCACCGACGACCCCGAGCAAAUGGUGGAGCCCGCGGUGCGCGGCACGGAGUACGUGAUCAGGGCGGCGGCGGAGGCCGGCACGGUGCGGCGGGUGGUGUUCACGUCCUCCAUCGGCGCCGUCACCAUGGACCCCAACCGCGGGCCCGACGUGGUGGUCGACGAAUCCUGCUGGAGCGACCUCGACUUCUGCAAGAAAACCAGGAACUGGUACUGCUACGGCAAGGCGGUGGCGGAGCAGGCGGCGUGGGAUGCGGCGCGGCAGCGCGGCGUGGACCUGGUGGUGGUGAACCCGGUGCUGGUGGUGGGCCCGCUGCUGCAGCCGACGGUGAACGCCAGCAUCGCGCACAUCCUCAAGUACCUGGACGGCUCCGCCCGCACCUUCGCCAACGCCGUGCAGGCCUACGUCGACGUCCGCGACGUCGCCGCCGCGCACCUCCUCGUCUUCGAGGCCCCCGCCGCCUCCGGCCGCCACCUCUGCGCCGACCGCGUCCUCCACCGCGAGGACGUCGUCCGCAUCCUCGCCAAGCUCUUCCCCGAGUACCCCGUCCCCACCAGGUGCUCCGACGAGGUGAACCCGCGGAAGCAGGCGUACAAGUUCUCGAACCAGAAGCUCCGGGACCUGGGGCUGGAGUUCCGGCCGGUGAGCCAGUCGCUGUACGACACGGUGAAGAGCCUCCAGGAGAAGGGCCACCUGCCGGUGCUCGCCGAGCAGGCGCCCGAGCUGGAGGCCGAGAAGGAGGCCGCCGCCCCCGCCGCCGAGGUGCAGCAGGGCGGGACGAUCGCCAUCCGUGCGUGAGGUCCAGGCAGAUGGCGCCACGAAUGAACAGAAUGCAAGCCAUGUUCAUAUGCUGCCCGGGCGGUGCCCCUGAUGUGUAACCCAAGUAGUAGUGUUUGUUGCCUGUCUGAUGCCCCUACCAAGACUUGUAACGUCGUGCUGCUCGUCCUUGUGAACUAUAGUGGGUGAAUAAAUAUGGUUAAUUCCCUAAAAAAUAAAUAUGGUUAAUGUUCGUUCAGUAA